AUGCCUGAACCCGCCAAGUCGGCGCCGGCCCCGAAGAAGGGCUCCAAGAAGGCGGUGACCAAGGCGCAGAAGAAGGACGGCAAGAAGCGCAAACGCAGCCGCAAGGAGAGCUACUCGGUGUACGUGUACAAGGUGCUGAAGCAGGUGCACCCCGACACGGGCAUCUCGUCCAAGGCCAUGGGCAUCAUGAACUCGUUCGUCAACGACAUCUUCGAGCGCAUCGCGGGCGAGGCGUCCCGCCUGGCGCACUACAACAAGCGCUCGACCAUCACGUCCAGGGAGAUCCAGACGGCCGUGCGCCUGCUGCUGCCCGGGGAGCUGGCCAAGCACGCCGUGUCCGAGGGCACUAAGGCCGUCACCAAGUACACCAGCGCCAAGUAACCUCGUCAACUGAUCUCUUAGCUCCGGCAGCUGACCCCAGGAGCAGUAUCCCGUGAUGGAAAGUGAACCUACCCUUCAAGCAUUAAAAACCAACCAGAUCACCCAGACCAGUUUGAACUAAUCAGGACUCCGACCUCUGCGGGUGGACCACUGAGUGACCCACAGAGUGACUUACAGUGACCUGUACUUCAUUAUCAUACUAAAAUCUGCCCACCGAGCACAAGGCUCAUUUCCAUAACACACAAUGUGAGUCUAGGCAUGUUUUUUAAGGCGCAUGUGAGGCUAUGCCUGCCUAUACAUACAAGGACAAGGCUCAUCUUCCUACAUAUUCACCCUAACCCUACAUAAAAGGAACCCAUUCACCAUUGCCUGGGGAGUCAUGGUUUUGGAAGUUAUUCCCUGUGGUCUCCUUAUUUGCUGCAGAUAAAGUUUCCUUUGUGGGACAACUCACCUGGUGCAGUUUCUUUUUUUAAGAUUUUAUGUAUUUGAAAGAGAAGA